AUGCAGAGCCGACGGAACAUCUGGCGGUCUGCAUGCAGAGGUUCCAAUGCGUACAACCCCGUGCUAGCCUUACGAGCCACCUUUGGCACCUCCGCCAACUGCCUCAAACACGAUGGGCACAUUCCUUCGAGUUCGGCAGCGCCCAAGACCCAGCCUUCUAAUCCCGCCGAACAUAAUCACAAGAGCAUCGCCGUGAGUGAAAAAGCCUCUGCUGGCCAGGAUGGAAACAAUUCAAAGCCAGAAGACCCAUCACAGCGGGCGAACAACCGGGAGUCGCGCACACAACGUAACCCAAAAAAUGAACGCACCAUCCUCAAGCCUGGUGAGCGCUCCAGGAAUAUGCAAGCUUCAGUGCAUAAAGGCCACGAAAAGCACGCGGACCAAUUCGCUAGAUCCCCAUACUGGAAGCAACACAUGGUGGCAGUUCGAGAAGAGUCGUUCAAAUAUCAGAACUCUCAAUGGCGGGACAAGGAACGCAGCGUCUUCCUUCAAAGAAAAAAGAGGUUUCUGGAUUAUGAUGCCAAGAUUGUGAGACCGCGGCGGAGCGGAACGCCCACAAGUCUUUCAAUCCCUUGGGCCAAUGAUGAAUCUGAGCGCAAGGGUGCCUCUGUCAAUGCAUGCCUGACGAGGGAUAUCACCAGCUUUGCAGCAUGGGCGAUGCCGACGCGCGCUGAGCAACGGGGUCGAACAGAAGUUGUUCGGGAGACGAUUGAGCUAAUCAGAAGUGUACUGCCGGAGGCCUCAACUGGGGUUGAGCUCUUCGGCUCAGAGAAGAACGGUCUUGCCCUACCUUACUCCGACAUUGAUCUCCGCAUCUAUGACAUGAAGGAUCCUGAUAUGCCGCACGCCAGACUUUAUAGCCGAUUGACGGUGAUCUGCGAAGCCAUGCAGCACAGUGAACAAUACAUCCUUGCUUCGGUUCGCAACUCCAACUUCCCCAUUCUCAACUGCCAGCAUCGUGCCUCUGGGGUAGACAUUCAAAUUGUGGCUUCUAGAGACUCGACGCAGCAACAGGCAUUGGUCGCCAAGUACCUUCACCAGGUACCGCAACUCCGGCAGGUCUACUUUGUGGUGCGCACUAUCCUGAGUAUGCGUGGACUUGUCGACGUAUACACGGGAGGGUUGGGUUCAUAUGGGACUUUUGUCAUGGUGCUAGCCGUCUUGCACCGCCACAUGGAAGCCCGAAAAAAGACGCGAGGGUGGAACGGGAAGAUCUCAUCGGGUACGCAACUCAUCGCUUUUUUUGAAUUCUACCGCAAUCUCGACACCAAGAAGCACGGCGUUGCAGUCCACCCACGGACGCUUUUCAAGAAGCAUGCAAAACCAAUGGAUGAUUUAAAAGUCCUCAGCACCUCCGCCGAGAAACGCGGGGACAUGGUUCGCGCGGGACAAUGGCAACUCUGCGUGCAGCGUCCAUUCCAGCCAUAUCUCCUCUGCCUCCAGGAUCCUGCUGAUCCUCUGAAUGAUCUUGGCAGGAGAUGUCAUGCUAUCAAGCACAUCUUCGCCACGCUUACGCAUCUCAGUKAAGCUCUCGCCACCGGUUGUCUUGCACUGAAGAAAUGGAAGGACUUGGACGAGGACGGCCCUAGCGGACUGCAACCUCUGCUACUUCCGCUUGUGGGGCAGUGUCAUAAUGUCUACCAUCGGCGACGGAAGUCGUUGGAAGGUUACGGUAUUAGAAAGCUUGAAGACAAGUCUGCACUUGAAGACGAUCCCCUAGCGAAGAGUGUUGUGAGGCGGUACACAACGAACACUACCAAAGCAUAUUCCAAGCAGUGGUGGUUAGCCUUUACCUCUGCUUAG